AUGGAUAAUGCAACUGAAAUCUCGGGUGUGGAUAGUACACAACGUAGCAUAACGAUCCCAGUCUUAGUUAUAUUCGCAUUUCCAGCAUUCGUUUGUUUCUUAUUUAUUCUUUAUCAUACAAUCAAAUCACCUAGACGAUUGGUAUUUGACACAAUUAAUAACCAUAUUAUUUUUCUUAUAUUAAUCUUCGAUUUUUUAUCACUAUCAACUGAAAUGCCAAUCACAUUAUAUUAUCUNGAAAUCUCGGGUGUGGAUAGUACACAACGUAGCAUAACGAUCCCAGUCUUAGUUAUAUUCGCAUUUCCAGCAUUCGUUUGUUUCUUAUUUAUUCUUUAUCAUACAAUCAAAUCACCUAGACGAUUGGUAUUUGACACAAUUAAUAACCAUAUUAUUUUUCUUAUAUUAAUCUUCGAUUUUUUAUCACUAUCAACUGAAAUGCCAAUCACAUUAUAUUAUCUCGCACAUGGAAAUGUACAUACAGUGAAAAUCUGUCUUUUCUGGAAUUUUUGGAAUUAUACUCUUCAUGUGGUAUCUUUAAUUCUAACGGAGUAUGCUUCAAUUGAGCGUUACUUUUUAGUAUUUCAUCGACAUGCAGUUCUAAAACAUAAAGUUCUUUUUCAUUACAUUCCAAUGUUAUGUUUGACAAUCUAUAUUUCACUAUGGUAUUUUUAUUUAGUUUUCUUUUUACCAUGUCCAAAAAACAGAUUACUCGAUAUCACUGUAUUUACAUGUGGUAUGCCAUGUUUUUUUGGUUAUGCAUCGAUAACUGCUUAUGAUGCAAUUGCUAAUUUGAUGUUGCCCUCUUUGGUUAUACUCAUAUUUAAUGCAUUAAUGGUUGUACGUGUGAUUACAAGCAGAACCGUAGCAUUAGGACCUAUUCCAGUACGAGAAACAUUAAAAAAGAAUCGUCGAAUGAUUUUACAAUUGCUCGGCAUCAGUUUGUUGAGUUUAAUAAUGUGGUUACCUUGGAUAGUGAUUCUAAUUGGAAAAGAUUUUUUUGAUCCAUCAUUCGGUAAUUGA